GAAUGACUGAACGCUUGGCUAUUGAGUGAGACAUGUAUUACUGUCUGACAGAGUAUUACUGAAUUCAAUGCUAAUUAUAUGUAGUAUUACUUCAAAUCGCAAGCAUUUGAGUCGGACGUUAAAAAUGGCCCGAUUUAUACACCUUUGACCACUCAAUUAGAUCUAGUUAUUUAAACACUUAAAUUAUGAUUUCAAUUUCAAAAUGGAUGAGACAUUCAAGACAUUAGUUAAAUGUCGGGACGUUUGACACUUUGAUAAAGUGUUUGGAUUUGUAGCGACUUUUGAAUUGCAAUUACAAUAUUGAGCCGAAGAUUAUCUCCGAAGUGAUGGCCAGUCGUAAGAACAAUGGAAACAAACAUCACCCGAGAAAACAUCCGCCGAGCGAUCAGAACAAUAGGAGACGUCUAUCCAAACAGGAAGAGAUCGAUUUGACGGUCGAAGGCAUUGAUCUCAAAGAUGAGACAAUCAAUGGCAGCGAUAAAAGCAAUAAUUGGACGAAUAAUAGCGAGACAAGUGUCGCGCCGACCAUUCAUGUCAACGCCGUCGAAGACAAGUGCGAUCACAAGCUAUCGAUCGAAAAAGGAAGCAAUGAUUUAAGCGAAGGAUUGGAUGAAAAUAACGUUAAAACUAUGCAGAAAAUGGAUUCAGAUUCCGGACAAUCACUAAAUGGCAUACAAAGGGAUACUCUAUUAACAGAAGAUAACAGAGAGAAAAAGAGAGGCAAACACUUAGCCCGGGCUGAAGCGGUUCGAGACACGAGCGCUUCUCCGCCGCCCACUCAGGACUCUGAUGGCGAGGAUAAGAGCUCUCAUAUGCUGGCAGUCGUGUCUUCAAACUUUCAGUCACAAAUUGGGUCUUCAAUGGGUUCUCAAAAUUCUAAACAUAAGAUCAAAUCUCAAGAAAAUUCUUUGGGAAGUGUUGACAGAAGUUCUCCUUGUCUUUCAAGAGACUCAAGCGUCGAGAACUCAUCCGAUUUGACGGGAACUGAUGUCCAGCAGUUCCUCAUCGAUACUAUCCAGAAGAAUAAGAAGGACAGAGUAUUCUUACUUAAAAUCGAACAAGAAUUGAAUGUUUUAGUCAAAGACACCAAAUCGACGGGUUAUAAGUUCCCCGCAAUGACUUCGUAUAACCGAAUGCUUGUCCAUAGAGUGGCCGCACUCUUCGGCUUUGAGCACAACGUGGAUAUUCUCGGGACAGCUGUUGUCGUCAAUAAGUGUAAAACAACUCGAAUUCCUGACUUGAAAUUCAAGGACUAUAUCAAAGAGGAUUUACUUCACGAACCGAAAAAGUCGAUUCUUAAACGAGAUUCGGCUUCUCUCGAGGACGGAAGCAACGGCUCGAACGUGAGUUUUGACGGCAAAGAGAAGAGUCCCGACAGACAGACCGGUAGUGUUUGCGACGGAACUAGAAAUAAGUCAUUCGAGGAAAGAGAGGAGCGCUACGAGAAGGCGAGGGCAAGAAUUUUCAAUCAGGAGUCGUCCUCUUCUAACGAAGGCAAUGACACCAACAAUCAUGUGAUGACAGACACUAUCGACUCAAAUCAUUGCGAAGAGAAAACUUCUAGUCCUCUAAGCAGUCAAUCAGCGGAUGAGUUGCCGAAUAAACCAAACAGUUUGAUGAACAAUGAGGUGCGCGCCUGGAGUAGCACAGAGUCGGACAGUUCCGGUCGACUCCCGAAGGUUGAGGCAAAACAAUCGGUUCAACCGAAUGCUAAACCUCUCGAUUUGGACACAAACUCGAAACCAAAUGCUGUGAAUGUUAGCGGAAAAGCGAGUCUUUUAGCUCCUGAAGGACAGACAUAUGACAGAAGUAAGUCUGCAAACCAUUUGAAGAAUAGGCCGCAAGUUUCCAAAGCCAGCAGUUUUGGAGGAAUCUCACACAAUAUUGAUAACAGUCUUAACACUAAUUCAACACAUCUAUCAAAAUCUGGCUCUUUUAACGCCACACCGAUUGCUAACCAACCCAUCAAUGCCUCCAACAAUAUCAACACUAAUCGCUCGAAUACACCAAAGAAUAAGACAGAAUACGUUCACAAACAGCAUCUGAACAACACUUAUACGGGAGGCGGGAAUCAACACUCAGAUCAACGAUACCAGUCGUCGCAUCACUCAAACCCUAGUCAUCACAACCGACACCACAAUUGGCACCAAAACUCACAUCCGAGGAAUAAUAACAGAAUGGCACCCAAUGUUCAAUGGCCUCAACAUAUGAACCAAAACUACCCGCAGUUUGUAUUACAACACCAACAAAAUGACUUAAACACUAACCAAAUGAAAGAACCACAUUAUCUCCACUCUGGACAACAAGUUCCGUCAAAUAUGGGAAAUGUAUGGAUCAUUGGUAACGGACUGUACCCGCAGUCGACAUCACCGAUGAUAGCGUGUCCACCGCCUGCUAAUACUCCUCCGAGCGGUUCGAUUGGUUCAAACAUCGCUCCAUUCGUAGGCAUGUCUUACCAACACUAUAGGCCGCAAAUGAACUCAAACGCAGCUCAAUCCAGAGCACCCCCACUGCUCAAAAACCAUCCAAUUAUGACACCUCAGGCCAAUCCGCACCGCAUUGUCUCAUCCAAUGGCAACCAAUAUGUUCAGCAAUCAGUGCCCGAAAUGUUAGACAUAAUGGGUGCCAAUAAUUAUGUAAACCGAGGCCCUGUUGUGCCGCAAGUGAAUCAAAUGCGGCGAAUGCCCGUCAAUAUGAAUCAAGGCCUCGACGUGCGACUCGUGGGCCAGCAAUCGUCGCCACCUUUUCUACUACCAACUCCUCAAAGACAAUACUUUCCAGUUGUGCCCAACGCUAUGCCCGUCAGUCAACGACACUCGCAUGAAAGCAAUUCAAAUAAUGUGAACCAACGGCUCAAAAGUUCGUACAAUAAGAACAAACCCAAUAGAUAUACAAACAAUAGGAAUAUAUUAGUGGGAAAUACAAACGCCCACCACUUCUCCAAUACUUAGCCACUGUUAACACUUUAGGACUAAAUUAUAUCCAAAUUGUCGCUACCCUUGUAUUCCUGCAGAAGGCAAACACCAAACAAGACCUUUAUUACAACAAUCGCAAUGUUUUGUACAGAUUAUUAAUAAAAAAUAUAAACAAUUCGUUAAUUAUUUUAUAUUUAGUAAAAUAUUCUCAUUAUAUAUAAUAGUUAUACUGAAAGAACACUUAAGAACUUUAGAGCCAUUGAAGACUUCAUUUUUAACGAUC